GUGUUAUGGUGAAAAGUUUUUUGACAUUUCAAGUGUUUACAAAUAAUAAUUAAAAUGUAAAUAUAAAAAUUAAUAAAUAUUGUGCUUUUUAAAAUUUGUUUGUUUGUAAUUAUUAUUUUAAAAUAAUGGCCAACAAGUAUCGUGAAGAAAUCGUUGGCAAACGAUUUUUAUCAGUGAGUGGUUUUACUAAGUUAAAAUUAGGAAAAAUUUCUGAAUGGGGAUGGCGAGCAGGAUUUAUUCGAGCUGCAACACAUAAGGAUAAUACUAACAAAGAUCUCCAGGUAUUAGUGGAGUAUGAUGAUGUUGAGUGGCACCGACGAGAAUGGUUGAGCAUCUAUAAAGAUCGCUUAUUUCAUUUCUUCUUAGUGGAACAAGCAUUGGUUUGGAGUGAUCGUAAAGAUCCAUUUUCAUCACAUCAUACGACUGUACGAUGGCCGGCUCUAUCUUUUUCUGCUUUGGUGUCAGCUGUCGAUAUGUCAUCGUACUUACAACCAAUCGAAUUUCUUGUUGAUAGAGAACUAGCUUUUAAAGAUCCUUCAAGAAUUAAACCAUUCCAGGAUUGGGAUCCAAAAUUAUCUGGUGUACGUGAUUAUCCCGAACUACGUACAGCUGUUAGACGUUGGCUUGAAUUACAAGAUGGUCAACGAAUUUUAUUAACUACACCAAGUGUCCUUGUUGGCUAUAGAGUAGAAGUAUAUCGGGCAGAAGGCACAACACAGUGGUACACAGCAGUUAUAAUUGGAUACAAUGAAUCUACAAGGGAUUUAACUGUAACAGAUGAUACUGUUUUAGAAGAACAUAACGAAGAUCCAGCACUUGUACAAAUGCGAUUAAUUGGAGACGGUGUUGUAGAAUCGAUUAUGCGCGGUGAAAAUGUGGGCAUAACACCGAGGCGAUCAAGAUCAUCCUCUGUAUUAAUGCAAACUCAACAACCUACGACACGUGUAGGACGUGGAACACCAGGUACACACAGUAGUGGAUUGGUGCCAAGUGGGGCAAGUGGUGCACGAAAUCAUCACGUAAAUACUGCCGCCGUAGUACACCAAGCAGCGAGUAGAAAACUUCGUGCUACUACUAAAUUAGGUCAAGCAACGUGCAUUACUUCGUCGGAAUUACCUCUACAGCCACAUCAUUUGACCACUACCACCGCAGCAACAGAAAAAGGAACAUCAACAAAGAAUACAAGAAAACGUAAAACCAGUGAAAAUGAUGUAAUAAUAAAGAGCACACGUAGUAAUAGUCAAUUAAAUUUUAAUAAUAUCAACAAAGAAGAUUUAGAAAAUAAACAAGUAAAAAAACGUAAUAACAAUAAUAAUAGUUCAAAAUUAGCAACAACAAACAAAAAGAAAAUAUUAGAAGAAACAGCAGCUACAAAUAAUACCAGUAAAUUAAGAAACGUUGAAGUACGUGUUGAAGAUUGUUUACAACUUACAGCAACAGCAACCACUACAACCACUACUACAACAACCACAGACAAUAGUUCAUCAUCGUCUACACCAUCCUCAUCUUCAUCUUCAUCUUCAAGUAAUAAAGUUGAACCAGAAGGUCAUAGCUCAACAUCCAAAACUGCUACUAAAAUUGUUAAGGAAGAUAAGGACGAACAUCAUCAAGAAAAAGAAAAUAAUAAAUCAAAUAGUCCACAACUACCAGCACCAGAUCUAAAACCAGAACCUCCACCUCCAGAUGACGAGGUUAUUGAAAAACAAUUGAAGGAUCCACCAAUAUCACCUACCAAUAAUGCAACUGUAGACGACAAUUCAACUACACAACAGGAAGAAGAAAAAGAGAAGGAAACAAUAACACCAUCACCAGAGCUACCUGCAGACACCACAACUAAUGAGGAUAACAAAAGUUGUGCUCUUGUAGAAGAAGAAAAAGUUGAACCAUUAAAUGAUUCAACCACCGAUGUAGUUAGUUUGAGUAGGGAUGAAGAAAAUUCUAUAAAAGAAAUAGAAGAAAAAGAAGAUAAACAACCCUCCACGGAUUUUAUAGUGAAUGCUUUAGAUGAUGAAAUUAGUAAUAGUAGUAAUAGUGUGCAAUUGUUAACCACCAAUGAUAGUAACCAAGAUACCAACAAAACUAACGAUAAUGACAACAGUAAUAGUGUUGAAGUGUUAGAUAAGAAUAAUGAGGACAAUAAAAGUUUGGUGGAAACUAGUGAAUGUCAAGUAGAAAAUCAAUCGGCAUCGGUAUCACUCAUACCAACCGAAGAACUAACUAAUGAAAAUACAUCAUCAUCACCAAUACCUAUAACAUCUUCAACUCCAACAUUAACAUUGGAGAAAAGUAAUACUUCUAAUUGUGAAGAAACUCAAAUCAAAGAAAGUCCUUUGAAUAUUGUCGAUAACGACGAUACAAAGGAAGAAACAAUACCAACAGUAAUUGAGUUAGAUAAACCAGAAACUUUGAAUAAAUACGAGGAGGAUCCAGAAAUUAUCGUCACCACGGAAGAGGAAGAGGAUUGCGUGAUUGUGGAGCCAAUUGAUAUACCAUCAAAUCAAAUAACACGGCCCGACCAGCCUACUAUUAUAAGAGAGUGUUCUAGUCGAGACGACGAUGACGGACCGCUGUCCUCAUCCUCGCCGUUUAGUAGGAUGGAGCUUACAGAUAACUCGGCCGCCGCAUUGUUACGUUUUCCAGAUGAUCGAUCUGACUCAGGCGUGAGCUCCUUACGCUCAGGUAGCUGUGCGAGCGGGGAUGAACGAUCGGGAUCGCGGUCCAGUGCGUUGAGUAGCUCCGACGAGCCACAAACAACAUCCUCUACAAUUCAUAUAAAUAGUCAUCCAUCAUCAAAUCGAUCGCCCUUUAAUCAUUUAACAACUACAAAUAAUUCAUCACAAAGUGUUGAACCAGUGCGUGUAUGGCGUGAUCCCAGUUUAAUACUGGAAACUGAACCACACGUACGACACAUUGAUAGUGUACAACAUCAGACAUUGCUCAUGUCUCAUCCACAAGCGCCUGGGGCCAGUGCCAGUGCCGCCAGGUCAGCGGGAUCAGAGGCACCACCACCAAAUGCUCAAACACCACAUAUGUAUCCUGCUGUACCACCUCCACCACCACCAUUACUUAGUCAAUAUCCUUCGAUGCAUCAUCAUAUUGCUGCAGCUGCACAUCAUUUACCACUAUCGGAAACGUUAUGGAAACGUUAUCCGCCAUUACCAGUUGGUGCCCAUUUGUUGGUACCACCUGCACAUCCGGCCGCUGAAGAUAUUGAACGUGAACGAGCGUAUGCGCAUGAUCGUGAACGAAUGCACCGGGAAAGGCGGGACCAAGAAGUUCGUGAGCUUGAAAAACAGCACAAAGAACGGGAGAAGGAACGUGAACGAAUAGAAAGAGAACGUGAACGUCAAGAGCGAGAGAAAAUGGAACGUGAACGUGAGAAACAAAUGGAACGAGAGCGACAAGAACGAAUUGAUCGUGAGCAAGAGAGAGAACGACAAGAGAAACAACGUGCUGCCGAACAAGCUGUACAUAAACAUUUCGAGGAAUCGUUACGACUUGCAUAUAAUAAGCGUGGAGAUCGAAGUAGCAUGGGUUGGAAUUUUAAUACAUUACAACCGCAACAACGUACGACGGUUGAAGAAGAGCGAAAGCGUGCUGAACAAGAGCAUCAACAACGUGAACAACAAAGGCAAUUAGUGGCUGCUGAACGAUUACGAGAACAACGAUUUUAUCAACAGCAAACGGUACAUCGUCAACAAAUGCCUAGUAAAGCUGAUUAUCCUCCACCAGCACACAGUAGAUCAUCAGGUGGUUUAAGUAAACCUGGCGAUAAAAUUCCAACGAAACACUCCGUAUUACCACAAGCCGAACCUAAUUUAAGUUUAUUUAAUUACCCAGCGUAUCAACAGGGAGCCUUUCUUCCACACCCCGAACAAAAAACGAAGUCUGAUCAUCACAAAUCAACUCCACCAUCAUCGAAUUCUGGUAUGGUUUUAGGAAAAUCAAAUCAACAAAUUAGCAUGGAAAGAGAAAGAGAUAUGGUAGGACCACCACCCUUAAUGAGUGAACUUAAAAAUACUGUGAUUGUAAAACAUGAGGGUAAAAGUCCUCAUCAUAUGGAACCAAAGGUAUCACAUUCCCCAAGCCCAAAACUACGCGCAACCGAUAUGAUUCCACAUUAUAUACCAAGUACUGUCGCACAGCAGCAUAAACCUAAUUUGUAUGAGUAUCGAAGUCCUUCACAAUCUCCGCAUCAUGGAGUACAUCCGCAUGCACCAAGUCCACAUCACCAUCAAGAACAAAAACAAAUGUCUCAUGGACAUCAUCGAUCAUCCAGUCAACUGCCAAGUCCACAUUCGUUACAAAGGCAGUCUCCACACGGACAUCCCCAUUCACAACAACCGCAUCCGUCACCGCCAGAUUCAAGGUACAGUCGAGGAGAUGCGCAAAUAUUAUCAUUUCCUCCUACAAAAACUUCAACUGCUGGUUAUCCACCAUAUCUUCCACAACCUAAUUUAAUACCAAGUACACAGCAUUAUACAUUACCAACUGGAGUAUCUGUGAGUACUAGUUCAAAGUCCAAAGUAAGCGCUGCACCACCUCAUAUUUAUGGCAAGCCAACUGCUGGAAUUGUUAGUGGAAUUCCUGUAUGCAGAAGUCAAGAUGUGAUGUCAAAUAAUCCUAUUCCUAUGACAUCGAAAAUAUCCCAUUUACCUUCAUCAGUAUCACCAUCUCCCUACCAACAAGUUUCCUCUCAAUAUCACCCACCACCACCUCAAGGCAUGCCUGUUUCGGCACUGCCACCACCUGCUCAUAGUAGUCGUAGCAACAGUACAAUGGCAUCUGAUCGUGCAAUGUAUGACCGUCUCUAUCCUGGAGGAACAGUUCCAGGUUUAUCUGUAAAGCCAAUACCACCGCAUCAUGGUACAUCACCACCGUCUGCUGCAGCGGCGCCCCCAACAAUGUCUCGAUCUCCUCAUCAACAUCAUUUGCACAAUUUAGUGCCACCGUCUCAUCAUACGAGCAUUAACACUUCAGCAAUGCAAACACAACCGUUAGAUUUAGGAGUUUCUUCAGAUCGUAAUUCUAAUAGAGAAUCUGAAUCACCUAAGAGAAAAACUAGUAUUCACCAACAUCCAAUGGGUAGUCCAGUACCAAUGGAUGUUAAAAAGCGAAGAGUUGAUUCACCCGGAGUUGGACCUAUAAUCCAAACACAACCUUUAGCUUUGCAACCACAAACUCAACCUUUGUCGUUGCAUAGUUCGUCACAACCGCAACUAGCAAGAGUAAGUGAACCAAGUCCACUAAUAGCCAGUGCAGCUACAACAAUAACUACUGUGGUAAAUACUGCCGCAUAUUGUUCUCCCGCGGCUACAAUGGUUGUUUCUCAACCACAACCUGCUGGGUUGGAAGUAUCUGGAGGCAGUCCUAUGGUCAGCAUUACAACCUUACCAACACGACCGGCAUCAGCUGAUGCUACAAGACCUUCAAGUACUGGAAGUAGUAGUUCAACUCAACCCACCUCAGUCGCCAGUGCUCCUGUUGUCAAUAAUAGUCCUGCUCCCAGUCCUGUGCCUACACCUGUACCUGCUAGUGUUACACCCACACCAACUACACAACCUCCGAGUACUCCUGUUAAAGUAUCAUUAACACCUAGUGUCAUUGAUUCUGAAAAAUCAAAUAGUCCUGGCCCAACGAAAUCCGUAUCGGGUAAUUAUCCAGUGCGGCAUUUAAAGAAAGCUUGGCUCCAAAGACAUACUGGAGAGGAUGUUGAAGAUACCACGGGUGUGACUGGAACUGGAAGUUGCGUGACACUUCCUAUUACAUUAACUAACAACGUUACUACUACUCCGGUAAAAGAAGUUACAAGUACGACGACGGCUCCAAGCUUAACAACAUCCUUGCAUAACAUCGGAUCAAUGGCCGUAAAUAGUAUAAACAAAAGUUCAAAAGGUUUAUCGAAUAAAGGUGGUAGGAAACCUGUAACUACUAAAGAUACCUCAUUAAAUGGACAUGCUACUGAUACAAAUAAAGCGGAUGAUUCAUCAAGUUCCGAUCAAGAAAGAGGACGAAAAUCACCACCAAAAAGAAAACCUCCUAAAGUGAAACGUAAAAAAGGUGUUGGUGUGGCAAAAAAGUCAGCCGCCGAAGAACUUAAAAAAAAGAAAUUAGCAGCAACCCAAGCAAGUGAGAGUGGUAGUGAUAGUGACAAAGACACAGCUAGUGAUAAAGAUUCUGAUUCUGGUGCUAGUUUAAAUCAAAAUAUUGGUAAGAAAACCGCAAACGGCGGUAGUAGUACCAAUAAUCAUUCAAAUUCUGGUGCUAAAGAUAAAGAACCGAGAAAACGAGGGAGACGACCAAAGUCGUCAAAAAACGAUAAAGGCGAGGAGCCGCGCAACAAAAAGCCCCGGGAAGAACCACCAACCCCACCGCGCGACCCCUUUCGCAAACCUUCAGUGGGGCAAUUAAAAAAAACCGGUGAAAGUUUUUUACAAGACCGUCCAUGCUUUGAAGUAGCACCAAAAUUACCGAAAUGUCGUGAAUGUCGAUGGACACCGAAUCAAAGAUCAAAGAAUAUGCCAAAUAUUUUCUGUCGAUUUUACGCAUUUCGAAGAUUGAGAUUUACUAAAAAUGGACAAUUAGCAAUUGCUGGUUUUUCAGAUCCUUAUAAAGAUGCAACAGAGGAUGAUUUAAAAUUAUGGCUUCCAAUGGCAGAUUCUCCACCAGCGGAUUUAGAUCAAGAUAUGUCACGAUUCUUGUUAAGAUCAGUUGGAGAUCAAUUUUGCGAUUUAUUAGGUCAAGAAAAAGAUGCCCAUGCGGAGCAUAUGUCAGAUGAUAAGACAAUUGCCUGGAAACGAGUGGUACAGGGUGUGCGAGAAAUGUGUGAUGUUUGUGAAACUACCUUAUUUAAUUUCCAUUGGGCUUGUGGAAAGUGUGGCUUCGUUGUUUGUUUAGAUUGUUAUAAGGGUCGUAAAAAUGGUUCAAUAAAAAUAUGGGGAGAAUCUGGAAAGGAUCGUGAUGAUUUUUCAUGGUUGUUAUGUACAAAUCGUCAAGCUCACGAACAAGAAAAACUAAUGUUAACCCAAAUCAUUGCUGGCGAUUCAUUGGUUAAACUUGGUCGUAGAGUUCAUGAGGCACGUGAAUUAUGGAACAUUCCUCAGUAUUGCGAGUGUCCGUUAAGUAAAGAAGUUCGUACUAAAUUUGCAAAUGGUGCAUCGAAGGAUGCAAUCAAGAGUAUAAUCAAAGGAGAAACGAAUGGUAUCAAACAGGAGAAAAUCGAAGAUGAUAAAGGUAUAGUUAAUGGUGCUAAUAUUAAACAAGAGAAUCAACAAAAUUCAUCUUUAUCAUGGCUUGCUCAUGUAGCUUUAUCGAACGAGGACAAGAAAAGUACAACCAGCUCAGAUGGGUCCAUGGGAUUUGGUGAUUCCGAUGAUGAAAAAGAUGGCAACUUUUCAACCCUCCGAGAGUUACUCAUACGUCCAUCUCACAAAACGAAUGGUAGCCGUGCGUCAUCUCCUGCUGCGGUGAACAAGUCCAACAAGAAUUCGAAUUCAUUGGAUGAUGUUAUUUCAAUGGUCGUUGAAGAUGCAUUACCCGACGAGGAGCGAAAAAUUAUGAAAGAAAUGGGUGUUGAAUUGAAACAUUACGUCAGGCGAUACAAGUGGGAUGAAAAAGGUCGAGAACCGGUGGCUGUUCGAAUAAUGACGUUAACUGAAAGUCGAGAAAUGUAUCCAGAUGUUCCACAUUCUUGGCUCUGUGAUGGAAAAUUAUUGAGACUAACAGAUGCCAACAAUGCUAAAAAUUAUAAAAUAUUUCAAGAUCAAUGGAAACGUGGACAACCGGUAAUUGUAAGUGAUGUAACAAAAAAUCUAAAUAAAGAAUUAUGGCAUCCAGAUGCAUUCGCUCGUGAUUUUGGUGACGACAAAAAUGAUUUAAUUAAUUGUAUGACAGGAAAUCUUGUUCCUAAUCAACCAAUGCGUAAAUUUUGGGAAGGUUUUGAACAUUUUUCAAAACGACUGAAAGAUGAACGAGGAAAUCCAAUGUUAUUAAAAUUAAAAGAUUGGCCACCUGGUGAAGAUUUUGCUGAAAUGUUACCCACACGCUACACUGAUUUAAUGAAAGUAUUACCAUUAUCAGAGUAUACACAUCGAACUGGUCGAUUAAAUUUAGCGAGUCGACUACCCGAAUGUUUCGUUCGACCUGAUUUAGGACCAAAAAUGUACAACGCUUAUGGAUCAGCAUUACAUCCAACAAAAGGUACAACAAAUUUACAUCUUGAUGUAUCCGAUGCGGUUAAUGUCAUGGUUUAUGUUGGUAUUCCAAAAGAUGGUGAUAACGAGGAACACAUUAAAGAAGCUUUUCGUGCUAUUGAUGAAGCUGGUUGCGAUAUAUUAACACGAAGGCGAGUACGUGAUAAAGGUGAAUUACCUGGUGCAUUAUGGCAUAUAUAUCAUGCUCGUGAUGCUGAUAAAAUACGUGAUUUAUUAAAUAAAGUUGCAAUAGAACGUGGGGCACGAUUAGAACCCCAUCAUGAUCCUAUCCACGAUCAAAGUUGUUACUUAGAUGGUCCGUUACGAGAGCGAUUAUAUAAAGAAUAUAACGUUGAAGGUUAUGCAAUUGUGCAAUGUUUAGGUGAUGCUGUGUUUAUUCCAGCAGGUGCUCCACAUCAAGUUCGGAACUUACAUAAUUGUAUAAAAGUUGCUGAAGAUUUUGUGUCGCCAGAGAAUGUAUCACAUUGUUUCCAUCUAACACAAGAAUUCCGUGCACUAUCUGACACUCAUACUAAUCAUGAAGAUAAGUUACAAAUCAAAAAUAUUAUUUAUCAUGCAGUUAAAGAUUCAUUGUCAGUGUUAAGUGGUAUGCUGGACACUCCACGGUGUAAAACUGAAACCUCAGACAUUAGUGGUAGUGGUAAUAAUUUAACUAGUGGGGCUGGUGAUGCUACGGCAACUGGUGUUAGCGGCUCAAGUAGUGAUACAAAUUCAUCCGCUGGUAGUCCAAUUAGUGCUGAUACAGCUGAAAAUAAUAAAGAAAGCAGUGGAAAUACAUAAAAACAAUUUUUUUAAAUAUCUUUCUCUCUUUGUGAUAACCAAAUCAGACUGAUACAAAACAUUUUUGUUUUUUUUUGGGAACAGUGUGUGUUGUAAAAAAAACUAGUGUUUAGUGUGUGAUAAUGUUAAAAUAAUUCUAAUGCCAUUAUGUGUGGCGGCAUUUUAAAUAAACCACACAAGUAUAUAUAGUGACUAAUUAUACACCCUCCCCCUGAUUAAAAGCGAAAAUACAUCUAUUAGUACAGUCGUCCUGGUAUGUAUGACCUGUCCAAAAAUGUAAAUUAGUAGAAAAUUUGGAUGAUGGUGGUUUUGGGUAUGUAGAAUUUAUUUCUUGAAUUUUCUCAAUUUAUUUAAGCGAUAUUUAGUAAGUAGGGAAGAAAGUCAAAGUUCAAACAAAUCAAUAUUUUAUUUUUCAAUAUUUCUGUCCAAUGACCAAUUGUUUUAUUUCCAAACUUUACAAUGGAGAAAGAAAAAUAAAUUUGUGACAUACAACACGAACAAAAUGAGUUCGAAGGAUUCUAUUUUUCUCAAUAAACUAUAACAAAUUUUAAAUAAUAAUUAUCGUUUAUUUUCACAUUUUAGAGGCGUAGAUAAAGUUUUGUAUGAUAUACGUGUGAUAACGCUUUAUUAACGUACUUCUGCGAUUAUGAAAAACUCACUUGCGAACGUUAAUAAUACUGUUAUCUCACUAGUAUCGUAAAUAACUAUUUAAGAAUGGUUCAAUGUUCCUUUUUCUUUUUUCUUAUUCAAUUAGUACUGAAAAGAAGCGGAGUUUUUUGUGCCCAAGUAUUGAACAAAUGAUUGAGUAAAAAACUAGAACCUACAAACAUUUUCGGAACAAUUUGAUAGAAAAUUACUCUUUUCUAUUUUUUAACCUUCAUUUGGCAAAUUAAUUAACUAAAAAAAAUUGGUUUAUUUUGAACACCGACCUUCCCUUCCAACCUGUAUAUCGGAGAAAUACUGUGAGAAUUCAAGGAUCAAAUUUGACAUAUUAAAAAUAAAAACUACCUAAAAUUAAAUUUUCAGCUGGAUACGUUUUUUUCCAGUGUUGUAAAGAUAUUUGGUCCAAGACGACUGCGCUAUGUAUAUAUAUACAUAUAUAUAAAUAUAUAUGUAUGUAUCUAACUCCUCUUAAUGAUGUAUGAAAACAAAUGUUGUAAUUAAUUAAUUAAUAAUAAUUAAGUUGAAUGAAGUUAUUU